AUGGCUGCGUGUGGCGGGCCUCGUAUAUCUAAGUUAUGUCUGAUCUCCGAUUACGGUCCGCAGUGGGAAACGCAAGAGAAACAGAGCUUACAUAUGACUGCUGGCCACAAUGUUCGACCUGAGGCCCGAAGAAGAGCGGUUCUAAAACUCUGGUACAUCAAGGAGGGAAUCAGCCCUCCCAGGGACGACGAAGAGGAGCAGAUCCAGUGA